AUGGAAUUCUUAUCUAUUUUUGUGGAAAAAGUCACAGGUUGCUUGAUACAGCCAGUUGCUCGAGGGAUUGGGUAUUUAUAUUACUACAAGAGCAACAUCAGACGUAUGGAUAAAGAAUCUGAGAAGCUGAAGAAUAUCAAAAGUGAGGUGGAGGAAAGAGUCAAAGAUGCCCGGAGAAACUUACUAGACAUUUCAGCCAAUGGCAAGGCUUGGUUAAGGAAUGUUGAUACCACUACUGCAGAUGUGGCAGCUGUAAUGCAACGAGAUAGAAUUGAAGUUGAAAGCGGUUGCUUUUAUGACUGGUGUCCAAACCUGAAGACACGUUACUCGAUAAGCAGGAGAGCUGAGAAAAUUACACUGGAGUUGAUUGAACUUCGAGAUGAAAGCAACAAGCCUGAUGUAAUCUCCUUUGAUCGUCCAAUUCAAAGUGAGGCUAUACCUAGUAACAAUGGUGAGGUGUUUGACUCCAGAAAAUUGAAAGAAGAGGAGGUCAUGGAAGCUUUGAAAGAUGACGGGGUCACUAUUAUUGGAAUAUGUGGUCUGGGUGGUGUUGGUAAGACUACACUGGCUGAGAAAAUCAGACAAAAGGCGAAACAAGAAAGGUUGUUCAAAGAUGUCGUCAUGGUAACUGUCAGUCAACAACCAGAUUUGAAAAAAGUUCAGGGUGAGAUUGCAGAAGGACUCGGGCUGACAUUAGAAGGGGAUAAUUUGUGGAGUCGUGGAGAUCGGCUGCUUGCAGGAGCACUAAAAAAGCAUAAAAACAAGCGUUCGUGGGACUGUGCCCUUGAAGAAUUACGUGGUGCAGUAACAGUAAGUAUCCCUGAAGUGCCCAAAGAGUUGUAUAAACCUCUGAGGCUAAGCUAUGAUUACUUGGGAAGUAAUGAAGCCAAAUACCUCUUUUUGCUUUGUUCCUUGUUCGAGGAAGAUAGUGAUAUUUGGAUUGAAGAAUUGCUUAAAUAUGGAAUGGGGCUUCACAUCUUUCCAGGAAUAAAAAAUUUAGAACAAGCAAGAGAUAAGGUGUAUUCUCUGUUAGAAACAUUGGAAGAUGGUUUUUUGUUAUCCCAAGGUUCAAACAAAAACUAUGUCAAAAUGCAUGAUGUGGUCCGUGAUGUGGCUAAAUAUAUUGCGUCCGAGAGAGAGCAUAUAUUUAUGGUAAGUCAUGAUGUGAACUCAGAAGAGUUCCCAAGAAAAGACUCUUACGAGCAAUACAGUCACAUGUCAAUUGUUGCAAAUAAAUUUGAGGAGCUUCCUAGCCCAAUAAUUUGCCCAAAACUGAAGCUUUUAAUGUUGAAACUCCAUUUUGAAGAUCCAUUCAAACUACAGGACGAUUUUUUUGAUGAAAUGACUAGCCUCAAUGUUUUGAGCCUGAGUGGAUACAGAUUUGUGGAGUCCAUUCUGCAUUUUCCAGCAUCUAUUCGGAGGUUGGCAAGUCUGAGGACGCUGUGUUUGAGUAAUUUAAGGUUGGAUGACAUAUCCUUUAUUGGGGAACUUGUCGAAUUAAAAAUUCUGUGCAUAAUAGAUUGUGAGUUAGAUGAGCUGCCAGAGGAGAUAGGAAAAUUGACCAAGCUAAUUAGGUUAGAGUUUUGGAAUAGGAAAAUUGCACUUAAAAGGAUUUCAGGAGGGGUGUUAUCAAAACUAGCUCAAUUGGAGGAACUACAUAUUGUGGAAGUAGAAGAUUUGAGUGAUGUGAUGUACAGUAACCUUGGCCUUCCCUCCAAGUUGACACGGUGCACUCUUCAAGUGGAUGGAUUUUAUAGUAAUGAUUACGACAAGAGUAUUGCUUUAGAGGUCACGGAGACUGCCCCAUUGGGUGAUUGGAUUUGCCACCUGUUGAAGGAGAGCAAAUUUGUAAGUUCUAUGGGAAAGGGCUCUAAUAAUGUGUUGACUGAAUUGCAGCUGAAUGAAUUUCAGAAUGUUAAAUUUCUCCGCCUCGUUGGAUGUGAUUUAGUGACACAUUUAUUGAAGACAACACAUGAAGUAAUCAAGUUCCCCAAUUUAUAUGAGUUGUGCAUUCAUCAUAUGCAUUGCCUGACUCACUUUUGCAGUGACAAUGUUGAGCGCAUUGAGUUCCCUCUGUUACAAACAAUGAGCUUAUCUGCACUACCUGCGUUCCAGAAUUUCAGGCCUACAGCCAACAACUCAAAUCCUCUUUUUGAUGAAAAGGUUUGCUUCUUAUCACAAAAAUAUUGCUUACAAAGUCUAUUGCUUUGA